CCUAGAAAAAUUCCCAACAGUCAUCUAUUUUUGAAAACACGACCACCACACUCACCACUCUCACACCUCACACGACACGACCAUCGACGUUCUCUCUCGGCGACGGGGACGGCAGCCGUCCUUCCACCUGCACCGGCCACGGCCUCUCGAUCUCAACAAGCUUCUCGGCCGCCACUCUCUCGUCUCGGCCUCUCUCAGUCUCACAGCACCAACAUUCCCGGCCACUCUUUGAUACAUACAUAUAUUUUGUGCUUAGAAAGCUUCAAAAGCUUCAGCUAUGGGCAAGCCAAGUUCACGGUCUGAUUCAUCGAGUAAGGCCGAUCGCAAGUUUGAAAAGAAGCUUGAGUUUUACUCCAAGGUUAAGGAUACUGUUGCCGCCUUGACUGCCCAAAAGACUAUUGCCAAGAAAAAGAAACUUCGAAGCCGUCAGAAGAAGCUGAAACCUUAUGAUCUCUCUUCCCUUACAGAGUUCCUUCCCGAAUUAAAAAAUUCUCAGCAACCCACUCCAGCUGAGUUCAAGCUGAACUGUAAAUCUAGGCAAAAGCUAAUAUUGAAGGAAGCAAAGCAAAUGAGUACGGUUCUUAACCACCCUGCGUUCCAGUUGGAUCCCCUGGCUGCUCUCGCUCAACACUUGGAGAGCACGCAGCCAGUUAUAGAAGAGAAGCCAAAGAUUAAGAAAAAGAACAAGAAUGGAGGGAGGAAGAAAAAGGAUAAGAAAUCAAAGUCUUCAACCGGACCUGAAUCUAUGGAUUUGUAACUUGACAAGUGAUAUAGCUUAGCUUCUGACCACUUUGCUGAGCCAGCAUUGUUCAUAUGAGUCAAAACAAAUUAUCAAUUUUGAUCACCUUCACUUUUAUUACAUUGAAAACAACAUGUUCUUAGUAGCGGCUGGACAUGUAAAUUACCAAUACACGGUUCAGACUUCUGAAUCAGUGGUCAAGUUUUUAACCUAUGAAUCAAGCAGAGGAGGAACUGCCUUUUGGGGACAAUA